AUGCAUUGGUCCUCUUUCAAAUCAAGCAGCAGCAAAGGAGAAAAAACAUUAGAAUUUGUUCCAAUAAAUCUACAUCUGCAAAGAAUGCACGUACACAGCCCUCGCUUGAAAGAUGCUCUCUACGACGUCAUCACUGUGGGAGCCCCAGCUGCCCAUUUUCAGGGAUUUAAGAAUGGUGGUCUUCGGAAACUCCUACAUAGAUUCGAAGCGGAAAGAAGAAAUACUGGAUACCAGUUUAUUUACUAUUCACCUGAAAACACAGCCAAAGCAAAAGAAGUUCUCAGCAACAUCAAUCAACUACAACCUCUGAUAGCAACCCAUGCAGACCUACUGCUUAAUUCUGCAAGCCAGCAUUCUCCAGACAGCUUGAAGAAUUCUUUAAAGAUGCUUUCAGAAAAAACAGAGCUUUUUGUACAUGCCUUCAAGGAUCAGCUGGUCAGAAGUGCCCUUUUAGCACUUUACACCGCCAGGCCAGGAGGUGUCCUGACGAAACCACCCUCUCCUAAGAGUGGCGCAGAGGAGAGCAGUUCCCAGGACCCACCCCUGCCGAUGAGACGGCAGGACUCCAUUCCACACCAUUCAGACUAUGAUGAGGAGGAGUGGGACAGGGUGUGGGCCAGUGUGGGGAAGAGCCUGAACUGCAUUAUUGCCAUGGUGGAUAAACUGAUCGAAAGAGAGAGCGGUGGCGAGGGAGGCAGUGACAGCAGCAAAGAUGUAGAAAAGGACUCUUCUCCGGUGGACUCCAUCGUAACUCAUCCGAAGGAGGACUGGUAUGAGCAGCUGUACCCCCUCAUCCUCAGCCUGAAGGACGGCAUGGGAGAAGUGGUGAACCGAGCUAAGCGGUCCCUGACGUUCGUGCUCCUCCAGGAGCUCGCCUACAGCCUGCCCCAGUGUUUGAUGCUGACGUUGAGAAGAGACAUCGUCUUCAGCCAAGCGCUUACUGGAUUGGUUUGUGGUUUUAUCAUCAAAUUGCACACAAGUCUGUAUGACCCUGGCUUCCUUGAGCAGCUUCACACAGUGGGAUUGAUAGUACAAUAUGAAGGACUGCUGAGUACAUAUAGUGAGGAAAUUGGAAUGCUCGAGGACAUGGCCGUUGGUAUUUCGGAUUUGAAAAAAGUCGCAUUUAAAAUAAUCGAAGCCACAUCCAAUGAUGUCUUGCCAGUUAUAACAGGAAGGCGGUAA